CAGUGUAGGAAACAUGCAACUCGAGCGCACAAGAAAAAGUUUUUCUGUCCCGAUUGCGGACUUGGUUUCACGAGAAUGAGCGUUCUAAAACGCCACUCGCAGUACACACAUACUAAACAAAGGAAUUUUAAAUGCGAGAUUUGCAGCAAGACUUUUAAAAGACCCGACGCUCUGAAGAUUCACAUGAUAACCCACGCUGACGUUAAGCCCUUCCGUUGUGACGAAUGCGGUAGACAGUUCAACCAAAAGGUUUGUUAUACCAAACAUCUACCUUGCAAAAAAGGUAAGGUGAAAAAAGUGGCUUCUGAAAGUAAAUGCGAUAAAAGCGGCAAGGAGAGUGCUGAAGCUAAAAAAGUUCAAGAAAAAGAGGCCAAGUGUGGAAGAAUAUCGUGCAAAGGUGAUAAUGUUUUUGGUGAAAGUCGGCGUAAGAUUUUCGAUGACAGUUUAGUCGGAGCUGAUGGAAACGAAAAAGAAAAACAACACGAUGCAUUAACGAGUGCUGCACUUCUUAAAAGUAGCAUUGAUGAAUCUUAUGACAAGGCAGUUGAAGUUGAAGACGUCAGUUGUCGCUGUCCACCAACGUGCAAAUGUAAGAGGUUUUCUUUGUCGCUGGAAGUACAAACCAAUGAAACAAUUGGAUCUUUAUUCAGGUCCUCGAAGGAACUAUCUUGUAUCUCGUGUUGUUGCGAUACCGAAACUCUUUUCAAUCAAUCACAAUGCGGGCACUCUUGAUCUGCCCAGUAUUUCAUUUUUGGCCAUCCAAAUCCAAGUUCUAACUCAGAAUCAGGCUGCUUUGUAUUUUAUUAGUAAAUUGUGGACGAAAAUAUCAAGGUGAAACCUGCAUAGGUUUACAUUUGGUCAUAAAUGUGUGUUGAACAUUAAUUGACAUAUCUAGAAAUGCGUUUUAAAUUUAUUUUUGCAUAAAUAGAAUUCAUUUUAUACUUUUUUUCA